AUGCCUCUGAAUUCGCCAACCCAAUCAACACCCCCAAAAUGGUGUCACAUGACAACUAGUGGUGGGUGGUGGCCGAAGAUGGUGUUCAAUGGGUGGCAGCGGAGGAUGGUAAUGGUGACUGGUGUCAGUGGCGGAAAAGGGUGUUGGCGGGUGGUGGCGACUGGUGUCGGUUGUGGGUGGGGGGUUUAUACUAGCGCAAAAAAAUAA